AUGCAUGGUCCAGCCGAUAGUAUAGGGUGGAACCAGCUGGCUAAUCCCCCAUCUCAUCAUCUUAAUCAUCGUUGCCAUAAAACAGAGGAAAAGGAUUCCGAGUUCGACUACUUUGGACCCAAUAGAUACGGCUGGCAAAAACCCAGGGAUUUGUUUGGUUCGAGCGCCGCCACAGUGACCUCUGUGUUUCCGAAGUUGAGCUUUAAUGGUCUAAAAACCUACAACGUUCCGGGGACCAUUAAUGGCGUAUUCACCAAUGCACUGCCAGACACAGGCUCUUCCAUCAACGCUAUCUCAGAGAAUUUCGUUACGAAACUCAAUCUAAAGGUCGAACCCACUAACAAUCAAUCAGUGCCCACAUUAGGAAAACGUAAAGCUUUAGUAGUUGGUCGAACUGUCGGCCUUUUUAGUUUCGAAGGCGAGAGAGACACAUACCGCCUUGAUCUCCACGUGCUUCGGGAUAGUGUGUGUGACUUGCUAUUAGGGAGGGAGUUCGUGAGCCAGAGAGAGUUAUUCACCAAGUUUCGUCGUUGCGUCGCCGAACGAGACCGUGUCUGCGCCCUCAGAGGAACCAGUCUUUUCCUGCUACAAGAAUCUCCAGGGGACCACCUCCGCUGCGCCGUGAAUGGUUAUGAAGCCUCAGCAAUCCCAGAUAGUGGAUCGGAACUCAUGCUCAUAUCCAGAGAUUUUGCACAGCGUAAUAAAUUCAAAGUCCACGACGAGCCGGAAUGCAGAAGGGAUGUUACGCUCAUCGAUGGUUCUAUCAUCCGCACAGAUGGAAUGGUCCUGGACGCCCAAUUAGAGUUCGAUAUACCACCAACAUGGCAGGAAUUAGAUUACCAUCGUUUUCUCGCGCACACAAACGACAUUUUGUCCCACAUCAACCAGCAAGAAAAUGUGUCAACAAAGUCAAUAUUUCUAUGCGACCUUCAUGUCAUUAAUGACUUACCAUGCGAUAUCCUUCUCAGUAACGAGUUUACUUACCAAGCCCAAGUAUUCUCGAGAUUUAGGAGUCUCUUCUGCUCCCGGCCAACCAGCAGCAUCUCGGGUAGUGGCAGAAACCCAAAUCAUAACCUUCUGUUUAUGAGACUGAAACGACAAUGGCAACAACGUGAAAGGGAAAACACGAUAAGUGAGCUAUUCAUGUUAUAUGACCAACAUCUGGGUGCGCUGACAUCAAUCGCUUCUUCCCAAGGAGGCCCGUCGUGGAGUGAGAUAUGGCGGACUGAAGAAAAGCGUAGAAACGACGGAACAUUGCGAAUCUCAUGCCUGCCAGAGCCCCAAAGGUCCAUUGAACAGAGGAGCGAACAUGAUAAACGGGCUCAGUGGGACAGAGACAAUCCAAGACCCCAACUCAUCCUUCCUAUUCGACAACAGCCUCCCCAACAACCUAGGCGCUAG